GCUGCUCCUCUUGUGUGGUUUGUUCUUGCCGUGGUUCUGAGUGUGCAUGCUAGCCCCAAUGGCACUCGCCUUUUUCCUGCUUUUGGUCUCUCACCCUCCCACUAUCUAAUCUCCUUGAUGUCCCGAGACAUGAGUCGGGCUUGUUUCUGCUCAAUUUCCCCACUCGGGGGUGAUGGGGAGGGAGAGGACUCUGAGAUAGUUGCCUCCGAAAAGUCAGGAACAGGGGGGAUGUGCCUCGCAGCACCUCUGGCCUCCUGAGCCAUCCAGUGCUCCUUCUCCACCCUUUGGUGAGCUAGGGAGUCCAGUCCCCUUGGUAGCUGCCUCCCUGCCCAGCCCGGGUAUUCAGACACUGACAAGGCAUCAGGUUGCCCGUUAGGGACCAAGUAUGGAUUUACCCCAGCCUCCUGAGCCCGCUUUUAGAUCCUUUCCCUUGGGAGUUAUAAUUGGACAGGAUAAUUCAACACAGUGCUGGGAGAGCGUAAAGAACCGUGAAUGAACCGUGCCCGCCGCUUUCGGUCUCUUCCCUCCCCACCUUUUCUGUGUCCCUUCUGUCGCCCAUUCCCUUUACUCAGCUUUCCGCGGGCCGGGGUGGGGGCUGGGGGGGAAGGAACUUGGGCCCGCUGCCGUUGCCCCUUUAAGAGAGGCCCCGCCCAUGCGGAGGGGGCGGGGCGGAGUCGGAGGCGUCCGGGUAGGAACAAAGCGCGGCCUGCGGGCGGCGGCUGGGCUCGGCCGGUGGGGCCCCGGGGUGCGGGCCCCGAGGGCGGCAGCCCGAGCGGAGCAUUGGAGGGAAGGAGUCGGCAUCAUCGGCCCGGCCAUGAAUGGGCUGCCUUCGGCCGAGGCGCCGGGCGGCACGGGCUGCGCCCUGGCCGGACUCCCGCCGCUGCCGCGCGGCCUCAGCGGGCUCCUGAACGCCAGCGGGGGCUCCUGGCGGGAGCUGGAGCGCGUCUACAGCCAGCGCAGCCGCAUCCACGACGAGCUGAGCCGGGCGUCCCGCGUCCCGGAAGGGCCCCGCGGCGCCACGGGCGCUGCCCACGCCGGACCUGCCGCCGGUCCCCCCGGCCCGCGGCGCCCUGUCAACCUCGACUCGGCGCUAGCGGCGCUGCGCAAAGAGAUGGUGGGGUUGCGGCAGUUGGACAUGUCCCUGCUGUGCCAGCUGUGGGGCCUGUACGAGUCAAUCCAGGACUACAAGCACCUGUGCCAAGACUUGAGCCUGUGCCAGGACCUGUCAUCUUCCCUGCAUUCAGACAGCUCCUACCCACCUGAUGCUGGCCUAUCCGAUGACGACGAACCUCCUGACGCCAGCCUGCCCCCAGACCCACCUCCCCUCACUGUGCCCCAGACGCACAAUGCCCGUGACCAGUGGCUGCAAGAUGCCUUCCACAUCAACCUCUGAAGAGCUGGGGGGGGGGGGGGGGCAUGUACCCAUGCAAAAGGCUCAGAAGCGUACCCCUCAUCAAGUACACAGACAGUAGUGCCUGCUCCCCCUCACCACCGCCCUCCACUGGAGGGAAGGCCUGGUCCCUCAGAGGCACAGCUGCCAACCUCCUCUCCCGUCGGGUUCGCUGCCUCUGGGCAGGCACCUGGGCUACAGCCGCUGCCCCUGGCGCUGGACCUCCACCUCUUCCCCGUGUAUGCACCUCGGCUUAGCCAACCUUCAGUCUGUCCGUGGGCCCAGCGCAUCCUCUCUCCCUUGGUAUCUCGGACUGGGAUGCGUAUCUGACUCCCAUCUCCUCUUCAGCGUGUGCUGCUGUUGGCAGCUGCUGGCUCGGGGCAUCCCACCUCCGGUCCCUGGGUUCCACUGCCCUCGACCAGGGCUCCAGGACCCAGUCUGGCACCCGCCCACAGCCGGGAGGGCCAAGACUCUGCGCAGGAUAUUUAAGUUGAGGGGCCAGCCUCCUGGGCGCAUAGAUCAAUAAAUCCUCUCAGCGUCC